CCAGACCCCCCCCCCCCCCCCCCCCCGCCCCGCCCCCCCGGCACGGCCCUGACCGGCCGCCAUGGCUUCCCCCGGCGGCGACGACGACUUCGACGACCACGACCUCUUCGCCGGCGUCCGCUUCUUCCUCGUCGGCUUCGACAGCGUAUCCGAGUCCCAGUACCGGUCGGAGAUGGUGCGGCGCGGCGGCGCCGACGCCGGGCGGCUCGGCGGCGGGUGCACCCACGUCGUCGCCUGCGGCCGCGUCUACGACGACCCCGUGUGCGUGGCGGCUCGAGCGCAAGGGAACAAGGUCGUCAGCGAGCUCUGGGUGGACGAUAGCCUCGACCGGGGUUUUCUCGCCGACGCCGACAGGGUUAUUUACUGGCCAACGAAAGAUUUGAACGGAAUACCAGGCAGCGACUCGCUGCAGAUUUGUCUGACGGGGUACCAAAGGAAUGACCGUGAAGAUAUAAUGAAAAUGGUCUCUUUGAUGGGCGCACAAUUCUCCAAGCCUUUAUUAGGACAUGUAGUCACUCAUCUUGUGUGCUAUAAAUUUGAAGGUGAGAAGUAUGAGCUUGCCAAAAGGCUGGGAAUCAAGCUUGCUAAUCACCGGUGGUUGGAAGAUUGCUUAAAGUCAUGGGAAAUUCUUCCGGUAGAUGAUUAUAACAAGAGUAGUUGGGAACUAGAGAUAAUGGAGGUGCAAGCCAAGGAUUCAGAAGAUGAAGUAGAAGAUGAUCGAAAGCCAUUCAACAACAGAUCUGGAGUUAAGCACACUCCCAACCCAAAAAACAGCGUAGGAACUUCUCACAACCCUGAGGUUGAUGUACCUAUUAUUCCCAAUGAUAAUCAAAGUAUGGCUGUGGAUAGACAUCUGAACACUCCAGGUCAGAUCAGAAAGGAAGAGAAUGUCGUCAACAAGACACCUGAUAUCACAGCUCAAGGCACUCCUAACAUUAGUAGGUUGGCAAGUUCUGCUAACGCUGAUAGUGGUGCUCCCGUUCAAACUCCUCCUGUUAUCAGUGGCAAUAGAGAGGAAGUUGCAGUAAGAAAUUUGAACAAUCCAAAUCAGGUCCAGCCAGCGGAAUACAAAUAUGUUGGUACAGACAUUGCAAGUGGUACAUUGGGCACCCCAAGCUCAAGCAGGAUGACAGUUUCUGCUAACCAUCAUUCCCAUUCCCCAGAUGAGACCCUCAAGGUACCAAAGAACAUAGCAACUCCUAUAGCAAUCAAUGCAGGUGCCCACAGUGCUAGCAUGGAGGUUGAUGGAUCAGUGGUUAACAAUGGCAAUGCAGAAGUUUCUGAAUCAGGGAUUGAAAAAACGAUUCCUUGCCAGUAUGCUGGUGUAACCUCUAAAAAGGGCUCCAGUAGUGCAAGUACAACAGAAAAACAAACAACAUCACCGAAGAAGGUUCCACUUAGCAGAGUGGCGAGUGCCCUUGCUAAGAAGCAACAGGGUGUUUCCACCAAGGUAAAUGAUGCACAUGUAGGAUCCAAUUUGGAGUUGAGUAAGGUGACUUCUCAGGAAAAUAUUGAGACCCAUUCCUCAGAUGAGACCCUGAUGGUACAAACGAACAUAGCAACUCCUAGGGCAAAGAACCCAGGUGCCAAGAGGCCCCACAGUGCUAACAUGGAGGUUGAUGGAUCAGUGGUUGACAAUGGCAAGGCAGUAGUUUCUGAAUCAGAGACUGACAAAACAAUUCCUCACCAGCAUGCUGGCGCAACCUCUGAAAAGGGCACCAGUAGUGCAAGUGCAACAGAAAGAAAAGCAAAGUCCCCAAAGAAGGCUCCAGUUGGUGGAAUGAGAAGAAGUGCUCUUGCGAAGAGGCAACAGGGUGUUCACACUAAGACAAAUGAUGCGCAGGUAGGAUCUGAUUUGGAGUUGGGUAAGGUGACUUCUCAGGAAAAUAUCGAGAUCCAUUCCUCAAGUGAGGCUCUCAUGGUACCACAGAACAUAGCAACUCCUAAAGCAAGGAAUGCAGGUGCCAAGAGGCCCCGUGGUGCUAGCAUGGAGGUUGAUGUAUCAGUGGUUGGCAAUGGUAAGGCAGCAGUUUCUGAAUCAGAGACUGGCAAAAUGAUUCCUUGCCCGCAUGCUGGUGCAACCUCUGAAAAGGACACCAGUAGUGCAAGUGCAACAGAAAGAAAGACAACACCUCCAGAGAAGGUUCCAGUUGGUGGAGCGAGAAGAAGUGGCCUUGCGAAGAGACAGCAGAGUGUUCGCACCGAGUUAAAUGAUGCACAUGUAGAAUCUGAUUUGGAGUUGAGUAAGGUGAUUCCUCAGGAAAAUAUCGAGACAGACCCUAAGAGGUUCUGUGGCGGUGCAAAUGAUGAUGAACAUGGAAGAAAGUCACCCAAGAAGUUGCCUAAUACAAGAGUGAAAAAUACAGUUGUUAAGAAGUCUCGAAAAUCUGACACCAGCACGACCAUUGAAUCACCAGUUGAUAAAGCUGAAACAGUCCCUGCAGAGUCACUGUUUGAUGACUUGUUUCCUUCAGAAAAUGUUAAAGAUGACCCCAAAAAGCUUUCAAGCAGUGCUAGUGUGGAUGGUUGUGCCACAGUUUCCCCUGAGAACAUAUUGAGAACUAGAGUUAGGAAAGUGGUUGCCAAGAGGAAAUUAAAAAAUGUGGAAGACAAGUCAGGCAGCAAGCAUUGCAAAAUUGGUAGUAGCAUUGUAUCUGCAGCUAAAGCACUCUCAUCAGAGAGAAUAGAGAGUGCAUGCAAUAUCGAGAAAGCAACUGCCGAUCAAGACUCCCUGAAGGGCAAUAAUGAUGGUGUGAGAGAUGUAUCUGUAUUGUCUUGCAAAGAUACUGUCACUGUGGACAAGUCAGAAGGAAUGCACAAUUCCAAGUUGAGAAGUAAUGGAAGAAAUAAAGCUCCUGCUUCAGAGCAUGAUAAUGAUAACCAACAAGACCAUGGUGAUCUUAGCUCUAAAACCAGUUGUGGAAAUGGUGGUUUGAAUUCCAAAUUUGCUUUGAAAUCAAAGAAGAACAAAACAGAUAUGCUUGACAAGCAUGGAGAGAUUGACAAGUCAGAAGGAAUGCACACCUCUAAGUUGAGAUGCAGUAAAAGGAAUCAAACUCCUGCUUCUGACCAGGACAACGAUAACGGACAAGACCAUGGUAGCAAAGAUACUGUCACUGUAGACAAGUCAGAAGGAACUCGCAAUUCUAAAUUGAGAUCUAGUGCAAGAAAUAAAGCUCCUGCUUCAGAACAUGACAAUGAGAACCAGCAAGACCAUGGUGGCAAAGACACUGUCACUGUAGACAAGUCAGAAGGAAUGCACAAUUCUAAGUUGAGAAGUAGGGGCAGAAAUAAAGCUCCUGCUUCAGACCAUGGCACUGAGAACCGACAAGUCCAUGGUAGUAAAGAUACUGUCACCGUAGACAAGUCAGAAGGAACACACAAUUCUAAGCUGAGAUCUAGUGCAAGAAAUAGAACUCCUUCAGACCAUGACAAUGAGAACCGACAAAACCAUGAUCUGAAUUCCAAAUUUGCCUUGGAAUCCAAUUGUGGAAAUGGUGAUCUCAAUUCCAAAUUUACUUUGGAAUCAACGAAGAACAACACAGAUGUUGUUGACAAGCAUGGAGGGACAGAAGGAAAUGGAGCUGGAACCUUGAUCACAUUGGACCCUGCAUGCUUUAUUUUAAGUGGACAUCGUCAUCAGAGAAAAGAUUAUCGGUCAAUACUUAGACGCCUGAAGGGACGAGUUUGCAGGGAUUCACAUCAUUGGUCAUAUCAAGCAACACAUUUUAUUGCCCCUAACCCCCUAAGGAGAACUGAGAAGUUCUUUGCAGCAGCUGCUGCAGGCAGGUGGAUCCUCAAGAGUGAUUACUUGACCUCUUGCAAUGAGGCUAGCAAGUUAUUGGCUGAAGAGCCGUUUGAAUGGUCUGGUACGGGCCUCAAUGAGGGUGAAACGAUUAGCUUUGAAGCUCCCAGGAAAUGGCGUGUUCUAAGGCAGCAGAUGGGUCAUGGUGCCUUCUACGGAAUGCAGAUAGUCAUCUACGGACAACUCAUUGCUCCAUCACUGGAUACGGUGAAGCGCGCGGUGCGUGCAGGCGACGGCAACAUCCUAGCAACCGCACCGCCAUACACCAAGUUCCUGAACUCCGGCGUCGACUUUGCCGUGAUCUCAGCGGGCAUGCCCAGCGCAGACGCAUGGGUCCAAGAGUUCAUCCGUCACGACAUCCCAUGCAUCAGCGCCGACUAUCUGGUCGAGUACGUCUGCAAGCCUGGCUACUCCCUGGACACGCAUGUCCUCUUCAAGACGAACCGUCUGGCCAACAAGUCCCUGGACAAGCUGCUGAAGAGUCAGCAGGAGGUGGCCAUGGAUAACCUGGAAGAAGCAUCUGAGGACGACGGCGACGAUGACCUGAGCUGUGCAGCCUGCGGGAGCACGGACCGGGCAGAGGUGAUGCUGAUCUGCGGCAGUGAGGACGGCACGGUCGGCUGCGGGGUCGGCACGCACAUCGACUGCUGCGACCCGCCCCUGGACCGCGUCCCGGACGACGACUGGCUGUGCCCCAAGUGCGAGGCGCCCAAGGCCAAGAAGAAACCCCCGAGGGGCGCGGCGAGCAAGUCUAGAGGGUCAUCCAAGCAGCGGAGGUGAUUCUGGUUCUCUCGUCUUGUGUAGUACGCUCCCUGCUUUAUCGAACAGACAGAAUAAAUAGUGUAACAGUUAGCACCAGUGUAAUAUAAAGCUUUGACAUCGACAGAAAUGCCGCCUCAGCAUUUCUCUUGUAAUAGUUGGUCUUUUCCAUCCACUUGGCUUUUAUCAGUGUGCAGUGAUAGUGAUUAUGAUUUGCUGUAAAACCUUCCGAACCGAGGAGUGUCUUCUGCAACAUCCAUUUCAUUUGUUUUUUUUUUGGUGUAUGCGACUUCCAUUCAAUUUCCCUCUGUUCACAAAUAUAAGAUGUUCUGGAUAUUUCAA